UUCCAACAAGCAUCUUAAUUUCUUCCGUCAAUUUUGAUUAGCACAAAAUAACAAGACACUAAUAAGAAUUGAAAACACUCUUUUGUGCUAACCAUCACCACCAUGGAUAGGUUGGUGAAAACAGAGUUCAACGAAGUGAACCUUAACUUCCAAAAAAACCAAAAAUGUUCUUCCUCGUUCAAGCUUACAAACCUCAUGCACACCAUGUCUGUUGCAGUUUCCUUAACAACAACAAACCCAACAACCUUUUCAAUCAACAAACCUUUGUCAGUAAUCCCACCACUUUCUUCAUCAACAUACACACUUCAUCUCACAAACCUUAAUCAACCACCUUUGUCCGAACCUGCUGACGUCAUCACAGUCCGAACCUCCAUGCUACCAACCGGUAAAGCUACCACAGACGAUCUCCGUCGUCUAUUUAACAAACCUGGCCCCCACGUUUUCCGGGAUGCAGUUAUAACCGUCAUCUUAGUAGGUCCCACCGUCGCGGAGUACGUUAUCUCAAAUUACGAAACUCGUAAUCUUUUCACGAAAGCUAUAUCGGUUUGCACGAAAUCGAAUCUCACGAAUUUGAUGAAACCCGCGGUUGAAAGCGGGAAAGUUGAAUACGUUACCGAUCUAAUCACCGCUGGUGGAGAUGUGAAUUUUAGAGAUUCAAACGGUAAAUCGCUUAUUCCGUUUGCGAUAAGAACUGGGAAACUCGCUGUUUUGAAGCUUCUUGUAGCUAACGGAUGCAGAAUCAACGAUUCAGUGGAUUUUGUUUUGCAUGAAGCUGCAAUAAUAGAUAGAGUCGAUGUUGUAAAGUUUUUGUUUGAAUCUUUCUGCGACGAAUUGGAUGUGAAUUCGGUGAACAGAGAAAUGAUGACACCGAUUCACGUAUCGGCGAGUGAAGGUCACGUGAGUUUAAUUGAGUUUUUUGUUUCAAUCGGAGGAAACGCUAACGCCGUUGAUUCCCGACGGUGGACACCACUUCAUCACGCAGCGUCGAGAAAUCAUUUAAAAGCAGUUGAGUUUUUACUAGAAAACUCCGACGUAAAAUACGCAAGAGAGUUAAACGGUAAAACAGCGUUUGAAAUAGCAUCGGAGAGUGGACACACGCGCUUGUUCGGUGUACUACGUUGGGGCGACGCGCUUCUACAAGCGGCGCGUGUGGACGAUGUACACGCGCUGAAGAAGUGUUUAGGGGAAGGAGCGGAAGUGAAUAGAAAAGAUCAGAAUGGGUGGACCCCACUACAUUGGGCUUCAUUCAAGGGUAGAAUAAAGAGUGUUAAGGUUUUGUUGGAACAUGGUGCUGAGGUUGAUAGUGUUGAUGAUGCUGGUUACACUCCUUUGCAUUGUGCUGCUGAAGCUGGACAUUUGCAAGUUGCUUUGGUUUUGAUUGCUCAUGGUGGUUGUCAAACUAAUCUUAAAAGUUUUCAACAUGUUUCUCCAAUUGCUACUUUUCAAAAACAUGUUUCUCUUCAUUAUAGUACUAAAAAAUCUGAGACAUUUGCUUGAAUGUAUGUAUAGUCAUGUAAAUUUGUACUGUAUUUUGCACAUACUAGGUUUCUUAUGAGUUUUGUAUUAGUCAGGGCAAAGUGCCUAGCUUAUUUUGCUUAUACUAUGUAUGAUAUCUGGCUUCAACACCAAGCUGGUUGAGAAAACUUAUUUUUGCUUUCAGAGAUUUGUGCAAUCCAGCUGCCGAGUGUUUUUUUGGCAACAAGAAUCUACAUAUAUGUAUCUAAUGUCCAAUUCCAAUAUUGAUACUAUCAUAACAAUUAAUAUCAUGUUUAUAA